CUCUGACUGGGACAGUGAGCGCCGCCAGCCGCUCCUCUCCUGUGUCCCCGCCGGGUGAUGUUCAGUUCCAAGUCCUCUCCCAUCCUGCCGUCCUACUUCAGCGAGGGUUCCGAGGCGGACAAGCUGGACAUCAGCACCAAGGUGCAGCUGCAUGGCGUCCUGUGGAAGCGACCCUUCGGGAGGCCGUCCGCCAAAUGGUCCAAAAGGUUCUUCCUCAUCAAGGACAGCUUUUUGCUUUAUUAUGCGGAAAAUGAAAGGAAAAACUUCGAGAGUAACAAAUACUUCAACAUUCACCCCAAGGGAGUGAUUCCGCUGGGCGGAUGUAUUGUGGAGGCAAAGGAGGAGCCCAACAUGCCCUUUGUGAUGAAGAUUUCUCAUGAUGACUUCCACGGGAAUAUUUUACUUGCUGCAGAGACCGAAUUCGAUCAACAGCACUGGCUGCAGAUGCUGCAAGAGUCCGGAAAGGUGACUUGGCAGAAUGCUCAACUCGGGGAAGCGAUGAUCGGAAGCCUGGAGGCCCAAGGCCUGCAGCUGGCCAAGGAGAAGCAGGAGUACUUGGACAAAUUAAUGGAGGAGACUGAAGAACUGUGCCUGCAGCGGGAGCAGAAAGAGGAACUACAGCGGCUAAACCAUGUCCUUGAGGCAGAGAAAAACAAGAUUGAGGAGAUGGUGCAGGAUCUGAGGUUGGAGCAGGAACAGAUUAAAAGGGAGCUGGAGGUGACUGUGAACUCACUAACAGCAAUCGAAGAAGAAAAGAAACAAUUACACCAACUAUCAGAAUCCCUGCAAAAUAAUUUAGAGAGCCUGUCUCAAGAGAAGCAGCGGACCCUGGAGAAGCUGCAGGACAGCGAGCACCACACACAGCAGCUGGCCAGCCAGAAUGAGCAGCUGUCCGAGUCCAGCGGAACCUUCCGGGCCAUCCUGCAACGCAUCGAGGACGACAUGAAGAAACUGCAGGAGGAGAAAGUGCUUGCAGAGGAAAGGCUCCGGGAGAAGGAGAAGCGAGCACUGGCCCUGCAGGAGGAGCGGGAGUUCUACUCCACCCAGUCCCGUGAACUCCAGCUCUCCCUGUCCGAGCUCACUGUCGAGAAACAGCAGACCGAGAGCGAGCUGAGGGAGGAAAUGAAGUCCCGGGUGGAGCUGGAGCGGAGGCUGAAGGAGGCAGAAGAGGCCCUGCAGCGCCUGGAGCAAGGCCUGGACUCAAACGAGCGCACCAUCGAGAAGAACGAGUUGAUGAAGGGAGAUGUGGGCGAGCUGAGGAGGUUCUUUGAGGAGUGCAUCCGGAAGGCAGAGAUUGAGGCCAACUUGCCGAUCAUCAUGAAGAACUCGGUCUACGUGCAGCGGGCUGCAGCCCGGAGGAUAAAGAGCUGCAGGUUCCGGCGGAGGAAGUCCACCGCUGUUUGGAACUCCUUCGUGACCAAUUCCCACUCCUUGGCCGUCCCCCAGGGCGAAGGGGAAGAAGAUAUGGAGGAGCUGAAGGAGACAGCCAGGAAAUUGAGCAGGGACCGACGUUUCCGUGAGACAGUCUAUAAGUACAUGACUCUUAAAGGUUCUUCAAAGUCCUGAUGCACGUAAGAGGAAGCCCUGCUUUGCUGUAAUGUGAUGCUUACAUUUUAGGACCUGUUCCCAAUGUCCAACCUUUGUAAAGCUGGCUGGCAUGAGUAGAUUAAUGCAGUAGAUAUGACAAAUUUCUUCAGCUUCACCUCUGGUCUUCCAUCCAACCCCAAGCUCCUUUGACCAAAAUCUCUGCUGUCCAUUGGUGAGGUAGAACCUCAUCCAAAAUGAAUUUUGGGAUCCUGACCCAUUUCUCCGUAACAGUGCAAGCCAUUUCCCAGUUUGGCCGGCUUGCUCAGAACUCACAGGAUGCCUGGUGUGGGAUUUAAGGUUCAAAGAGGAACAGCUCUUGAAAUAGCAGUGCCAAAACCUGGCUGGGGUUGGGUGGAAGUGGGGGACAGUAUUUACUCUGCACUUUAACCUUGCAUUCUAUCAACCCUGGCUGUCAAACCGACAACCUGUUUGAUUCUAAACACUAAUGUCCUCACUGAAACAAUUAAGUUGAUCAAUUAAAAGGAGCAAACUGCUUGUGAAGAAGCAAGUUUUAUUGAUAAGCCCAUUUUAUAACUAAAACAGUUAAAAGAGGAUUCUCUGGAGAUGUGUCUGGUGAAUUUGCCAGUGAGGUCUAAAUUGUCACGCGUCUAGCUAACAUGUUCGAAUAGCAUAAGUAAAGUAGUUUCUGAGGUGGUUUGUGCUAUGCUGCUGGUGUGGGAAGGCCAUGGGUAACCACAAAGGUAGGGCAGUAACUAUUUCAUCCAUUUUGCACUCACAAUCUGUCCACAAUGUUCCCCAAUCCCUCUGGUUCAUCGCAGUUAUCAUGACCCUGAUUGAUAUGUCAAGGUCACUGACUGCACGCUUGGUGAGGCACUGUGCGAGCCAGGAUCAGGGCUUGUGAACUUAAGGGCAAUGGAGGUUUCCAUCUCAUUGCCAUCCUGCUGACUGAAUUGUUUGGUCUAUUGGCCAAUGUCACUGAGUACAGGAGUUGGGAUGAAUGUUACAACUGUACAAGACAUUGGUGAGACCACACUCGGCGUAUUGUGUGUAGUUCUGGUCACCCAGCUAUAGGAUGGAUGUGAUUAAGCCGGAGAGGGUGCAGAAAAGAUUCAUGAGGGUGUUACCAGGACCGGAGGGCUUGAGUUAUAAAGAGAGGUUGAACAGACUGGGACUGUUUUCCCUGGAGCAAAGGAGGCUGAGGAGUGACCUUAUAGAGGUUUAUAAAAUCGUAAAGGGCAUAGAUAAGGUGGAUGGUCACAGAUUUUUUUCCAGGGUAGGGGAGUCUAAAACUAGAGACAUAGAUUUGAGGUGAGAGGGGGAAGAUUUAAAGCAGUCCUAAGGGGCACAUUUUUCACACAGAGAAUGGUGGGUAUGUGGAAUGAGCUGCCAGGGGAAGUAGAAGUGGGUGCAAUUACAAUCUUUAGAAGGCAUUUGGACAGGUACAUGGAUAGGAAAGGUUCAGUCGGAUAAGGAUCAAAUACAGGCAAGUGGGCCUAGCUCAGGUAAGCUGAUCAACAUGGACGAGUUGGGCUGAAGGGCCUGUUUCUCUGGUGGCUACCUGUUCCCUCAUCCCAACCAAAUCUGCCUGCAAUUGGAAGCUUAUCAGUGACAGGAACUGCAUUUCCUAUUGGUUCUUUUUUGUGUUCAAAAAAGUUCUACUGCAACAUAGGAGAUUGGAGAAAGAACUGGCCAGCUCAGCAAGCAGAAGAUAUCUGCAUUAGGCUUUCAGGCAGCGUAGGUCACCCAAGUCCUCCUAUUGGGGAGGUAUGUAUGAAGCAAGGGUGUGUGCUUCUCUAAAGGGGCAACGAUGGAGAUGCCCUACACCAGCUGGGAGAAGACCUCUCUCUGAUUCUGUCUGUGACUGUCAAUGGGACCCCACUGCCCAAUGUACUGAUAAUGAUGGACAGGUGAAGACCUUCAGUCCAUGCAGCCUGAACAAGAUGACACACACACUUUUACCUGUUUUCUGGGAAAGGUGAAGACCAGAUAAAGUCUGGGCCCGUUUGUUGAAGGAAAACGCCGUAAGAUUUGUCCCUGACCCAUUCAAGGGAUUGAACCAAGUCCAGGAACCCAUUCCAGCCCUGAUCAAUGUUACCUGGCAUUCACCAUCUGCCCCAGCCAGAAACAGGUCCACCUCUCAUUUGAACAUCUGACAGAUUCCACUGCACAAGCCAACAACCUGCUCCAGAGCUCCACCGUUCUCUGAGAAAAGGAACCACACUCCGAACAUCUGACCAGAAUCAAACACACACACACACACACACACACACACACACACACACACACACACACACACACACACACACACACACACACACACACACACAC